UUUUAUGCUGGGGUUUCGCUUUAAAAUCGUUUCUCGUGGCAGCUGCGGCGUUUAGUCUACCCUUGACUACCUCUCAGAGCGGAACAGCAUCAACGUGAUGUCAUGUCUAUUAUUAUUCCUGCUGGCCGCCCUUGGCCUGGCGGCGGCGGACGUCUUUGAGGAGUGCGAUGAGAGCAACCGCAACAACUUCAUUGCCUCCAACAAGAGCUGCACCCACUUCAUCUACUGCAGCGGCGAGGAUUCGUUCGAGGGCGAGUGCCCCGAGGAGAACGACUACUUCAAUGCGCACCUGGCCAUGUGCGAGCCCAUGGAGGAGGUGGACUGUCGCACGGGCCUGCCCCUGCAGACCAACGAAGUGCAACAGAUCACAGUCACUGAAUUGCCCGUCGUGACUGUGACUGUCACGCAAACAGUGACCACAGCUUCGACUGCCCUCGAUGUGAGCUCGGAGACUGUGACAGCCGCUGCGCCAGCGGCCACAGCGCCGAGCAGUGCCAGCAGCCAGCAGGUCGUCACCCUGGUGGCCAGCGAAUGCCCACCGACCGACAACACCCACCAGAUCGUGCUGCUGGCCCACGACAAAUCCUGCACGGAGUACUUCAUUUGCUAUCACGGCAAGCCCCUGCCCAUGACCUGUGCCACCAUGCUGCACUUCAAUGUGCACACGGCCAAGUGCGACAAGGCCGAGGUGGUCAAUUGCAUGCGCUCCACCAUCAGCGUGCGCGAGCAGUGCAAGCAGCACACCGUGGACAUCUAUCCGCAUCCGGACAACUGCAACUACUUCUACUACUGCCGCAACGGCUUCCUGAUGCUGCAGCAGUGCCCCUUCUUCUAUGGCUGGGACUAUGAGAAGCGCUCCUGUGUGGCGAUCGCACAAGCCAAGUGCUUUGGACGUCAGAGUCUCCUGAUCUAAUUUAUAAACUAAAACUCUAAUUUAAGUUUUAUAGAAAGUUCUUUAAAUAUAAAUGUUACCCUGAAAAAUCGCUUGCUUCUU